CCAUUAAAAUGUCGCUGCAUUUUUUUAGUACAACUUAUACGGAGUAGUAUACUUUUGGUGUACUUGGUUUUUUUUUUUUGGAGAAAGAUGGAGUAAUGAUUACAUUUUCGUCCCUUUUGUUGUGGUAAACCAUUCCAAUGUGUUGUUUUCGUGGGAAAAAAACUUAACCAAUAUGAGUGCGGCUUGUUGUUAUGUGGGAUCUGUAUCAUUAUUGCGUCCGUGUGGAUGGUGCAAUUUCAGGACUGUGGGUUCAUCGCAAUUCGGCGGCGGCUUACGCCGGCGAGUACUGAAAGAAGUGGAUAAUGAGCUGAGCAAAGGAGAUGAUAGAGCUGCACUGUCGCUCGUCAAAGAAUUUCAAGGAAUCCCCGGCGGUCUCAGGGGUUUUGGCGCCGCCCGGCAGAUACCACAGCGACUAUAUUCUCUGGACGAACUCAGAGUGAAUGGAAUAGAAACCGCUUCUCUUUUAUCACCAGCUGAUGCCACACUGGGUGCUAUUGAGAGAAACUUACAGAUUGCAGCUAUAUCUGGGGGUGUUGCUGCUUUGAAUGUGCUGCACUUCAAUCCUCAACAGAUUCUCACCGUCUCUUUGGGACUUUUGUUUCUAUGGACAUUUGACUCAGUCUCCUUCAAUGGAGGGCUCAGUGCCUUAAUUCUGGACACCAUUGGUCACACCCUCAGCCCAAAGUACCACAACAGGGUUAUUCAGGAUGGAUCACUGAAUGUUCAAGCUGGGACUGCAUUUGUGGACUUUGAGUUCAUCGAGGAAGUUAAUAAAGGAAGAGUAUCUGCCACAAUGCUGAACAGGUUUUCUUGUGUUGCACUAGCAGGCGUGGCUACAGAGUAUCUUCUCUUUGGAUGUGCUGAGGGAGGACUUGCAGAUAUUAACCAGUUAGACAGACUACUUAGAAGCCUGGGGUUUACACAGAAGAAAAGUGAUUCUCUGGUUAGAUGGGCCAUUCUGAAUACUAUAUUCAUUUUGCGCCGCCACGAGAAUGCCCGAGCAAAGCUAGCAUUGGCUAUGACAGAAGAACGAUCUGUAGGCUCUUGCAUUGACGCUAUAGAAGAAAACCUAAGUGAUGAUUACUUGUAACUCUUCUUACGGUUAAGAGGCUAUAAGAUGUGUGGAAUAUGCUUUCUCUUCUCUUGUACUCCCACACUAUGUUUGGUUCAAGGAAUUAAGGAGAAAAAUAUACAGUUAAGGACAAGAAAAGAAAUUCAAAAUCCUAAGAAAAUGGUGAGGAAAAUAGUUUUCCUUAAUUUUUUUGUUUGGGGGUUGUGAAGAAAGGGCAAGGCAAAUA